AGCAAGUGACGCUUCCUCCGUAAAGGGCGGUCUCUCGGGUUCCCAAAACCUUCAGUUCGCCACGUUUCUAGCCAACCUUUUCCCUUUCGGGCAGCAAAAAUACGGAAUACGGGAAAGGACUCGAGAAGUUUGGUCAUUGGGAGGGGAAAAAACCGGGGGAGGGGUUUUGAGCGGGAAGAACCUGGGAAUAAAUCUAUCGCGAGUGUGCAAGUGAUAGUGCCAGCCGAGGUGACCAAGGCAAGGAUUUCCACCUGGCUUCGGAGAUCGAAGGGAAAGCUCUCAUGGGAUCAGAGCAGGUGGAAAUGCGCAAAAGGCAGACCUCUGCAUCUCAGGGGAUACCAAGCUCUCUACUUGCCCAGUCUGGGAUAGAGACUCAAGGCUCCAAUCCCUGCUGCUUCUGCUGGUGCUGUUGUUGCAGUUGCUCCUGUCUUGCUGUUAGGAAUCAAGAUGAAAGUACAAGGGCAGCAGCACAUGAAAUUGCAUCAGAAAUGAUUCCAUAUUGUGAACAAGGCUCAACACCAUCUUUGGAAGAAGCAAGUGCUUGGAGGCAUUCCUUUGACAAACUGAUGGCAACACCUUCAGGUCGAAAUGCUUUCAGAGAAUUCCUUCGGUCAGAAUACAGUGAAGAAAACAUGCUUUUCUGGCUGGCCUGUGAGGACUUAAAACAGGAAUCUAACAAGAAUGUAAUUGAUGAAAAAGUCAGGCGAAUAUAUGAAGAUUAUGUUUCUAUUCUUUCUCCAAGAGAGGUCAGUCUGGACUCCAGAGCAAGAGGAAUUAUUAACCGGAACAUAAUGGAACCAUCGAUACAUACUUUUGAUGAAGCACAAUUCCAAGUUUAUAUGUUGAUGCUCAGAGAUUCCUAUCCUCGAUUUGUGAACUCUGCUAUUUACAAAGAAUUAGUUAUGUCACAUUUUCAAGCAACUGCUGAAUCGUAGAAUUUAAAUUUAUUUUGCAUCUAACUACCUUUUUACACAAAUAAAAGUUUGGCCCACCA